AAAAUAUUGUUCUAUUCCUAACAUUUUUAUUCCAUUCCCGAACGGACAUGUGCUCUGUACAUACACCCCUGGAAUGCGUACCAGGCUACCACUCCUUCAAUGACCAUUCAUCCCAAAGUGAGAAUCAAUUCCAGCCCUUCCAUUUCCCAUAAGCUCGGCUCUCCCCGAAUCUCUCGACUUUCUCUUGCUCUAAAUCAGAGAGCUAGCCAUCGGAUCUAGUGGUGUUAUCCAAAAUCAAAGCAAGGGUUGUCAAAUUUGCAGUUGAGGCCAAGAAACCAAAUAAUAGUUGAGAAUUUAACCAGGUGAAAUCCAAUUAAAGCUUGGGCUUAACAUUUUCAUUCCAAAUUGAAGCUUUGUUCUCUUGUUCAAUCCUCUGAUACAUUUUUUCAAAUGAAAGCAGUCUCUAUUUGAGAGUUCUGUUUGUUCUAACUUGUCAAUGGCAAUGCAUUUAAAGAAGUUUGUGUCAUGUGUCAUCCUUGAUUUAGAUGGUACACUUCUUAACACAGAUGGCAUUGUAAGCGAUGUAUUAAGGAUUUUCUUGGUUAAGUAUGGAAAGCAGUGGGAUGGGAGAGAAGCUCAUAGGGUAGUAGGAAAGACACCUUUGGAAGCUGCAGCUGCAAUUGUAGAAGAAUAUGGGCUUCCUUGCACAACAGUGGAUUUUAUUACAGAAAUUACCCCGAUGUUCUCUAAUCAGUGGUGCAAUAUUAAAGCCCUUCCAGGUGCCAACCGGUUGAUUAAACAUUUGAGCAGUCAUGGUGUGCCAUUGGCAUUGGCUUCAAACUCCCCAAGGGCAAGCAUUGAUUCCAAAAUAUCCUAUCAUCAAGGCUGGAAGGAAUCCUUCUCUGUUAUUGUUGGUGGUGAUGAAGUGAGAAUGGGGAAGCCAUCUCCUGAAAUAUUCCUUGAGGCAGCUAAAAAGCUGAACUUUGAACCUUCCAGCUGCCUUGUUAUUGAAGAUUCACUGCCUGGUGUCAUGGGUGGUAAGGCUGCUGGAAUGGAAGUUGUUGCCGUACCAUCUAUUCCAAAACAAUCCCAUCUUUAUACUGCAGCAGAUGAAGUGAUAAACUCUCUACUUGAUUUACAACCUGAAAAGUGGGGCCUACCUCCAUUUGAAGAUUGGAUAGAGGGUACUUUACCGGUGGAACCUUGGUAUAUAGGUGGGCCUGUCAUUAAAGGAUUUGGUCGUGGUUCAAAAGUACUUGGAAUCCCAACAGCCAAUUUAUCCUCGGAGGGCUAUUCUGCUGUCCUUUCAGAGCAUCCUUUGGGGGUGUAUUUUGGGUGGGCUGGAUUAUCAACACGAGGGGUUUACAAGAUGGUCAUGAGUAUUGGCUGGAACCCGUAUUUCAACAACACUGAGAAGACCAUCGAGCCAUGGUUGCUUCACGAGUUCAAGGAAGACUUUUAUGGCGAGGAAUUGCGACUUGCCAUUGUGGGUUACAUUAGGCCUGAGGCAAAUUUCUCAUCCCUUGAGAGCCUAAUAUCAAGGAUCAACGAAGACAGAAGGAUUGCCGUGAGAGCUCUUGAUCUUCCUGUUUACUCGAGCUAUAAAGAUAACCCGUUUCUGAAAAGCUCUUUGAAUGUAGAUGGCACCAAUUCAUGAAUUUUGUAAAUUUCAACAUCUUGACAUAAUCAUCAACAAUUAGUUGGCGCUCAUAUAAUUUAAGACAAGAGGACAACAAUGGGUAUGCCCUCUGUUUCUAGGCAAUGUUUGGAGCUGCAAGGAAUGAAAAACUGUAAUAAUUUGAAUGUGAUGCAAAAGUUAACAGUGUUUUGGUUCUCUUUAAGUUAAAUCAACUGCUGUGUGAUUAUUUGGUUC